UUGGGAUUUGUAUGGACCUUACGCAGAAGGGAUCGGUGGCCUACCAGCAGAUUGGAUUUAUGUAAAACAAACCACCAGACCAUAUGAUAGGUGGCAAGUUCAGACAAUAUUCAUGAAGGAUACCUGUCAUAACAAAGUGUAUGAGUACUACUGCGGUGGUUGCUGGAUCUCGAACAUUGCAAGUGGCGGGACGUGGUUUAAGAGAACAUAUCCACCCUAAUAUUAAUCAUUACUUGGAUCAAAUCACUGUUGCUCGUGUAACUUGGGUCACUGGAAAAUUGUCAAAAUCAAAAAAAAAAGAUUUGGAGUGAAAUUAAAACUAAGUAUUUUGGUCACGUUGAAAUUGUCAUCAUGGUCAGAUAUUAUAUAGGCAUAUGAAAUACAAGAUAUUAUGUGACCUUUUCAACGCAAAUAAUCUAUGUAUGUCUUGUCAAAACUUUAAAUUCAACACCGAUUAGAUAUUUAGGUUGGGCAUGUUCCUUUUGAGCAACAGUGUACAUUUCACGUGUACCGUGUUACAGAACAACAUCAAAUUGUAACAUUUAUUGUACAUGAUGGAUGAAAAUA